AUGGCGGAGAAUAUCACGACGAACGUUAGAACUUGGAGGUAUCCGCGUUUUGUACAAAUGUUGAUUGAUCGUGCAUACCCUGGGAUUAAUAGAAACAUUCAGGGUGAUCUUCUCGUUCAAGCUCACAUGUCUAAUAACACUUUGAAGAACCUGGUCAAGUAUCAUCCAAAUCAUCCUGAGCCUGAUCUAGUGAUUGAAAAUUUCGGAUUACUUAGAGAUGCGAACUAUGUGGAUCCUGAUCCUGAAAAUCACCAAAAUUGGAGAAAUCAGGAAGAAAUGAAAGAAGCGUUGUAUGCUGUUGAGUUGAAAAUACUUCAGAGUUUCAAAUCAACCAAGAACGAGUGGUAUGUGAAGGAGUCAGGACGCAGGCGUAGAUUUGCAACUCCUGUAGCUGAAGGUGAAAGUUCUUCUUCAAAGCCGAAGAAGAAACAAAAGAAGAAAAAGCAAACAAUGUUAAUUGACGAGUCUGAUGAAGAUGUUCCUGAGAUGAAUGUUGAAAAGGAACAAGAGAUGACUGGUGCUGAAAACAUAGUAAUUGAUACAGAUUUGUUUACGACAGAAGCAUAUUUUGUUGAUAAUGUUGUGCAGACAGUUACUUCUGAUAUUCAAAAAGAAAAAGAGAAGGUGUUAGAUGAUGUUGAAGGUGACGACGUUGAUAAAGACACUACGAGUUCUUCUAGUUCAUCAAAAGAUGAAAUGAUUAAUGAGGUUGAACGCGAAAGGAGAAUGAGAGAAGAAGUAGAAAAAGAAAAGUUGAUCAAGAAGAGGAAGAGGCAAGAACAGGAGGAUGCUCCUUAUGUUCCUUCUCCGGAGCAUGUUUCAGAGUCACAAUCUACUCCGAAAGGUCAUAAGAAAGCUGCAAGUCGAAAAAGAGCAACACCGAAGCAUAAAGUGUCGAAGAGACCUAAAAAGAUCUUUCAGAAGACUCCUACACCUCCACGUGAACCUACACCUCCACGUGAACCAAGACCUCCACAUUCACCGAUACAUCAAUCUCCACCCAGACUUCCCACACCACCAAGACAACGAUCACCUAUUCCUCAAUCAACACCACCACCACAACAACCAUAUUACACUUCACAAGAUAUCUUCGGCACACCUCCACUCACCCAAGUACAACCUGGUUCUUCGAGUAAAGGUGUUCCGACACCGCAAGAUAAUCUACUAGACGUUGACUUCGACUUUGCAAAUAAUUCGCAAGUGUUGAAAUUGGAAAAGAAAAUAGAGAAUGUGAUAUCAGAGAAUAAAAGGUUGGCGGCUGAAAACAAAAAGAUUGCUGAUAGAGAAAAGACUCUUGCUGGUAGGGUGCAGAAGUUGGAAGGUGAAAACAAAAUGUUGACACAGAAAGUUGAAGCUGAUCAGACGGAAAUCGACAUUCUGAAAGUUCGAGUGUCUGAAUUAGAAGAAGAGAAGAAUCGUCGAGAGAGUGAAAAUGAAUACUAUAAGUUGAAAUAUAAAGAACUUACAUCAGCUAAAAAUCGUCAUGAUCAUGAGUUCUACAUGUUGAAUAGAGUUGUUGAAAGUAUGCUUGGGACGUCAGUGGAACAAAAGUUUGAAGAGCUAAAGGUAGAAGAUCUGCGUGCUGAACGUCAAGCAGAAAUGGAAAGACAGAUAAAGAUAAGGGUAAAGGAGCUGCAGGAAGUUCAGCUGUGCCUGAAAUGUCUAUUGUACCUUCGAUGA